UACGGAAUCAUCCGAAAUCAAUAUGUAAAGAAUACGGAAUCAGUCCGCAACAAUCCGAACUUAAUCUAGUUAAAAAAACUUUAUCCGCAAAAUGUCCGGAGCAAUCCGAAAUCUGUAAGCUAGAAAUCCGGUAUUAGUCCGCAACAAUUUAAAAUUAAGUGUGGCAAAAUCCUAUUCCGAAACAAGUACGAAACAAUCCGAAAGCUGUCUGCAACGAAUACGAGAAUUGUCUGCAACAAUCCGGAUUUUAUCCAAUUAAAAGACUCUAUCUAUAUAAUCGUUUUUGUAAAACAGUGAUGAAACCAUUUGUUGCAAACGAGAAAAAAAAGGUGAAGAAAUGGGGAAAAAUAAAAAGGGAGGUGCAGUUAAUAAAAAACGUGGUAACGCUUCUACAAUACCACCAAAAUCAGUUCGAACUAGAAGCUCCGGGGCAGCGACAGCUCAAACAGCAGCACCACCUGUCGUCGGUGGUGAUGCAGUUCAAAUUGCAGCAGGACCAGCUGUCCCACUGGGACCACCACCGGCCGCAGCUCAAACAGCAGCACCACCGACGACAGGUGGUGCUGCAGUUCAAAUCGCAGCAGGACCAGCUGUCCCACUGGGACCACCACCGGCCGCUUUUAGGACCGGAUUGCCGUUGCCACCAAGAAAUCGCUGGCAUAAUGAGGAAUUCGAGGAAGAGGAGGAAGAAUGUAUUGAGGAAGGGUUUGUUCAUAAUUAUGGGCGUCCACGACAGCAGCAAAACCAAUUCUAUGUACACCCACAAUCGCCAAUGAAUUUUGGAAUGGGCCAAAUGGGCGGAUUCCAGCAUAAUCCGCAGAUGUACCUGCCAAUUCCAUAUAACGCCGCACUUCCUCCUCUUCCUCCAAAUGUGUAUUUCCCACCUCAAGUAUAUCCUGCACAGCCGUAUAUGGGAAGUAGUUUCCCACAAAUUCAAGCAGCUGCCAACGAGCAAUUUCUCGCCAUGCAACAAAUGGCAGUUAUGUCAAGGUUGCAGGGAGAUUUAAUAAAUGCGAGAGGGAGCUCCUCCAACGCUGCCCGUAUACGAAAUGCGGCACUUGAACAUCCAAAUGCGCCGUCAAAGAAGGAGAAAAAAACAAAAAAGAUAUGAAAGAUGUUAAACAUCUCCUUAUGGACCUGCUGUCGGAGAAAAAAUAUCGUGGUGGAGGCAGAGGACGCGGUGGAAGAGGUGGAAGGGGUGGAAGAGGAGGUGGUCAAGGACUUUAUUAUUAAUCAUCAUUUUUAUUAAUUACUAUCACUUUAUAUAG